AAGGAUGAAAAAAAUAUUAUUAAUCAUCAAUUAGGUGUUAGACAUGAUAGUGGUAUAGCAAGUUUGUCAGCAGCUAUUGCGCUUAUAUCAGUUGGAGGGGUUGCUCAAGGUAUAGGUAAUUUAUUUUCUGCUUUGGUUUUAGGUACAAGUAGAAAUCCAUCUAUCAAAGAUGAAUUAUUUACAUAUACCUUAAUUGGAAUGGGUUUCUUAGAAUUUUUAGGUAUUAUUUGUGUAUUAAUGAGUGCUGUUUUAUUAUAUUCAUAA